GCUUUUACGCGAGCUCGAUUGGUACACAUGGCUCUGUGACGAGAUGGAUCUGUCAUCGCCAUCAUACUUACUUCGCCGCUCUCGAGUUUUCUAGCCCCAGGACGAGCUACAACGCUGUGAACCUUCUGAACAGGGGCUAACGUUUCCGCUUUCAUUGCUCUUUCCAACGCUCAUCUGUCUUUCUCCAGCUGUUCUCUUUUCAUUCUCCUACUACACCAAGUAGCUUGGAUUGUGCCGAGGGCUCCCCUAAAUAAUCUCGGAUUCUGGCCUUCCUGGAGUUUUGACCAGUUCAAACGUUCGCACAGUGUCCGUUCUGGAGGGUCUGCACUGUAUCGUUUGGUGCCGCUGAAACUCAUUGGUUCAAUGUGCCUUGCUUUCACGUAUGAGCUGUUCUGCUAGACCUGGUAGCAGGGGAUGAAAUCAUUCCGGUUUUCGGUAAUUGGAAAGUACAAACGUCUUCCGUGGUAUUCAGGGGCUGGGUUAUUGGAGUUUCCUCAUAGUCAAUGUGGCAUGGGAACCUGUUUUUGUGCCUGUGCGUCUCUCUGACCACUUACUCUGUAGAGGUCCAUCUUAAUUUCAUUUGUCGGUGAUGCUGCAGCGAUGUUUUUCUUUUAAUUUAGCUUGGACGAGCGCUUUGAUACGAUGCGCUGCCCGCUUUAGUUGUGUCUGGAAAGUAGGGCGUCACCUCUCGAAGCCUUUGCAGCAGUGCUGGUGGAGAGAUCUUCUUUCGUUCCAUCCACGUCAAUACUUUCUCUAUUCUGUUUUGUCUCUGAACUCUCCUGAAGCAUCUCCUUCUCCUCAUUUUGCGUCCUCGAAGGUCAGCAAGGUUAUGAUUACUGCUACCGCGAACUGUUGAGUUGCAAAGCAUCCGUACGGGGUUUUCCCCUCUUGUAGAAUAUUCAAAUUUUCUAGGACGGCAGGCAGGUUCCUCAGCUGCAGAAUUUUUGCUGCGACGGCAACUUCCUACUGUCUCAAGCGGCCUUUUCAGCAGCAGGAUUAAUCAUGUGCGUAUGGCUAUCCAAGAAGAAGUAAUGUUUUCGUGAUGCUCGGUGUCGACGUCAUCGCGAAGUUGACUUUCGGAAGCCGUGCUCAUCAAUUUUUUUAGCUCUUGUUCCUAAGUCUAAGCAGAAGGCUUCUGCCUUGUUUCUGUGCAAUGAAAUCGAGGCACCUACUGUUACCUGCUGAGAUCGAGAGGUUUGGGCGUCGCAGUUGGAUACGGCGUAUAGACAUGCGCUCUUAGAUCCUGUUAGCAAGCGGCCCAAAGAGUUUUCCACUUCAAUGUCGACAUAACUUGCCCUCGCAUCCGAAAAGUAGCGGAAGAGGAGCUGGAUUAAGCUAUGGCCUCAGUACCAGCUAUUCCCGUCGACGAGGCGGUAGCAGCUCUGUCCACAUUUUCACUUGAGGAUGAGCAACCUGACCUACAAGGCAUGGGUGUUACUCUGGUCAGUGGACGAGUUGCGACUGAGAGCCCUGUCGAUUAUGAUGAUGUUCCAGCAUACCAACUGUCUCUUGUGGAAGAUACGAGUGCCGUCACGCAACUGGAUAACCUGCUUAUGGAGGGGAAGGGCCUGGUUUCAAUUCUCUACACUUAUCGCAGCUGCGUGAAAGCUCUGCCUCAGUUGUCUGAGUCUAUGAAAGACAGCCAAGCCGAUCUAUACCUGGAGACGUAUCAAGUACUGGAUAUUGAAAUCGGACGCCUUCGAGAAAUUCAACGGUGGCAAUCAUCAGCAGCUUUUAAACUUGCAGUUGACAUGCACAAUUACACUCAGUCUAUAAAGAAGCUGAAUGGUCCAAGUGUUACGCAUAUGUGGGCCAUGCUGCGGUUGCUUGAUAUCCUCCUUCAGCUAGAUCAUUUGAAGAAUGCGAAGGCUAGCAUUCCUAAUGACUUCUCUUGGUAUAAGAGGACCUUUACCCAAGUCAGUGUAAAUUGGCCAGAUACUGAACAAAUGCGAGAAGAAUUAGACGACCUUCAGAUUUUUUUGAGCACAAGAUGGACAAUAUUGUUGAACCUGCAGCAAGAGAUUUUCCGGGUGAAUGGGGUGGAGGACAUUAUUCAAGUGCUCAUUCUCUUUACCUUAGAGUGCCUAGAGUCGGAUCGAGUUUUAGUUUAUUCGGAGCGGCAUACCCUUUUACGAGUACUUCCCGUUCUCGUUGUCCUUGCAACUUCUGGUGAAAAGGAAGGCGAGUCCAUCUUUAAGAAGAUUAAGAUUUCCCGUCUCAUGAAUAUUUUCAAGCGGGAUCCUGUAAUCCCAGCAUUUCCGGACCUCCAUUUGGCUCCUGCGAGCAUGUUGAAGGAGUUGGCACCUUAUUUUCACCGCCUCACUGCCCAAAUGCGAUUCAUAGGGCUCCCGCUUCCCCAUGAGCUUAGCGUUAAGGAGGCUUUGGAGUACCAGAAGGAGUACCUUAUUGUGCAUAAUAUCUCAACUAUGCGAACUGAUCAUGAUGAUUUUUGCAUAAGGUUUGCUUCUGCCGUCAACCAGCUGGAGACACUGAACUUGGAAACGGGGGUUGAUGUGGCACUCAAGAAACGCAUCAAAGAGAAUGUUUACCUAGUUGUUGUGGCAGGUUUUCAGCUGUUGAGUGAGUGGACAGGACGUGUGUGGCAGCAAAGUGCCUGGAAGUUUUCAAGGCCUGCCAAGGAUUCUGAACGUUUUGAUGCAGAGCGCUCUGUCGAUGUUACUGAUUAUGAAAAGGUGGUCAGGUGCAAUUACACGGCAGAGGAGAGAAAGGCACUUAUUGAGGCCAUUGGAUACAUCAAGGGAGUGGGCAUCAUGAUGGAACGAGCAGACACCCUAGUAGCCAAUACUGUAUGGGAGUCUAUACAUACUCAGCUGCAGGAUUUUGUUCAGUCUAAAAUUCCCACCAUGUUACGCACAUCGUUAAGGAGGAAGAAGGAAAUCGCACGACUUUUAUCUGAUAUGAGAACUAUAGCAGCCGACUGGCAGGGGAAGUCACCACAAGUUGAAAAGGUGAAAAGCAGAAAGUUGAGCAGAGAGGAUAAUCUAGUUCCUCCUGUCUCAUACCACCCUCGAGCUGCCUUUCCCACUGCAGCCCAGCUUCACUGCCUCCAGUAUCUGAUACAUGAGAUUGUGACUGGAGGCUCUCCCAAAAAGGCCGGUGGAUUUUUUACUGCAAGUGAAACAGAAGUUCCUUCUUCUGAAUUGCGGCAACUUGAAAGUUUCUUCAACAGGCUUGCAUUCUUCCCUCAUGUCAUCGACUAUAGAGCAACUCUUGCACACGUAACUGACUUAGGUUUCCUUUGGUUUCGUGAGUUUUAUCUUGAAACCUCUCGUGUUAUUCAGUUUCCUGUUGAGUGCUCCUUACCAUGGAUGCUGGUGGAGCAUAUUAUGGAUUCAAGUGAUAUUGGAUUGCUGGAAAGUAUCCUUUUGCCUUUUGACAUCUACAAUGAUGCAGCUGAUCAGGCACUUCGUGUAUUAAAACAACGUUUUCUGUAUGAUGAGAUUGAAGCGGAGGUGGAUUUAUGCUUUGAUCAAUUAGUGUCUCAACUAAGUGACCAAAUUUUUAUUCACUAUAAGAGUCGUGCAGCCAGCAAGAUGCUUGAUAUGUCUUUCAUGGCAGCUGUGAACGAUCAUGAAAAAUAUUACGUGCUUCCAAAACGUUAUGAUCACCUUUUUAGAAUUAGGCGUGUCAAGAUGCUAGGUCGGAACGUGGAUCUGGCUCACUUGAUACGGCAACGCUUGAACAAAGUCUUCCGCGAGAACUUAGACUUUCUUUUUGACCGAUUUGAGUCGCAGGAUCUUUGCUCAGUAGUUGACUUGCAAAGAUUGGUGGAGGUCUUAAGACUUACUCAUGAGCUUAUUUCAGAGCAUAUUGCGAUUGAUCCAUUCAACCUUAUGAUGGGUGAAAUAAGCGAGACAAUCUCACUUGUGUCAUUCUCGGGACGAUUGGCAUCGCAGGUUCUGCUGGAACUUCAAAAUGACUUCUUUCCUAAUUUUAUGUUAUGCACAACCACACAACGGUUUGUAAGAUCAAGCAAACCACCCAAGCGGCCCAUUAAAAGACCGUCUUCUCCUUUCGCCGAGCCAAGCUUUCUCUUCGGCAACAUAGACCUGAACGAGGCACAUGGCGUAGUAGCAGAGCUUCACAGCAAGUUUUUUGGUCUUCCUCACAUGUUUGCUGUAGUGAAGUUGCUAGGAUCUCGUUCGCUUCCUUGGCUAGUACGGGCACUUCUUGACUACCUUUCUCAGAAGAUACUGGUGAUGGAGCCGUGGGUUGAAGAUUUGAGGGACCUUAUGCCUAAAGCUAUUUCCUUGCCUCCCUAUGAUGCUGGAGUAGAAGGGAGCUUGAACCAUUUUACGGAGCAAUUGCAGUGGGCUGUAAAUUAUGAUGGAAGACCCGAAAUGCUGCAGGGACUAAAAGAGAUUGGGAGUCUUAUUUUCUGGAUGAGCCUUCUUGAUACUGCUAUGAGGGAGACAGAAACUGUACAUUUUAUGCAAGUGGUGCCGUGGUUAGGUGUUGUUCCAAACAAGGAUGGCCAAUUGCAGCAGCUGUUGUGUGAUGAUAACUACAGCCCUGUGGUUAGCUUGUUCAAAGAAGCUACUGAUGAGGUUUUGUACAGCACCUCACGUGUUAAUGGCCCAGCCUUUCAAUCUAUGGCCAAGCAGGCUGAGGUAGUAGAUAUAUUGUACAUGAACAAUCUUCAAACGGGUAGCGUUUUGGAUUACACACUCACGUACCUCCAUGCAAUUCUGUCUCGAUCUCGAGUUAAGUGGGACCUUCCACCGAAAUCGGGUCUUAUUGAGAUCACUCUGUCAAAGGAGUAUCACCGGAUAUAUAGUGGUCUUCAAUAUACCAUGCUGCAAGGUGUACCACCAAGCGUGCAAUCACUCUUGCUUGCUUAUAGUCAGAUUUCGCCAGAGGGAGAUUCCUUUCAAGAUCGAUAUGGAGAUGCAGUUGCUUGGGGCGGUUGUACCAUCUUGUACCUAUUGGGCCAACAGUUACGGUUUGAACUGCUUGAUUUCGCAUACCAUGUUCUCUCGGCUUCAGAGGCUGAAUCAUUACCAUCUGCUCAAGAACUUCUAAUAGAGAGAUCCAAGUCUGGAUCAGCUGCGUAUUCCAUGGAAGUGGUAGCAUUUUUGGCUAAUGCCAAGAAAGCAAGGAGAUUAAACAAUUACGUUUUUUCUCUACUGCGAGCCUGUUCACCACAUGAGGAUCGGCUUGCAUCCAUGGUUAAACAAAGCGGAGUGGUUGUUCAUAGUUUUAAAUACCCUGUUACACCGUCAUUGCUGAAUCACCUCCCAUUUAAAGGUGAUGAAGAUGAAGAAGAUGCGAAUGUACAUGGCCCUUCUUCGACUACAGGUUUCGGCGUUCCAACGCCUGACCAGACAUCUUGUAUAGAGGAUCUCCUCAAAAACAGCCGAAACAUUACUGAGUCACCUCUAUAACCCAUUCUAAUUAUAAUAAUUACUAUUGUUAUUUGGGGGGGGGGGGGUAGCGUUAAAACUUAGAUCCACGGCUUUUGUAAAAUUGAUUAGUUUCUGAGAAAAAGUUUCCUCACUACUUUCGUUCUUGGUGUACAAGACAGUUGACACUUGAAUGUUCAUAUACUAAUUUGGAGAUCUGAGGAGUUUAGUUUUAUCCCCAUUUAGUAUUCAUUUUAAUGUGUAAUGCUGUUCACAAAU